AACCCCAGGGGCGCUACAAUAAAUCUGCGGGCCCCUGAGCCAUUCAUGAGACAAACCAAGCUUCCUUCUGCUUCCGGCAUGGUGAGGCUCCCUCCCCCCGCAACUCGCUCAACUCGCUGUAACAAAGGACAAGCUCUUCGCAACAUCAGUCAACGGACCUGGAAACCAGUUUAGGCCCAUCAAUCUACUGCUCUUCUGGAAGAGGAAGCAGGCGGAACCAGCAGUAAUAACAGACCGCACUUCAGAGGAGUGGGUCAGACUUCCCUGGGCCGCCUGAGUUCCCUGCCAGCACCGUGUGACUGAUCUCGCGAGAUGAUGGGUCCUCCGAAGGCACAAACUUCCCCUUUUGCUAAGCGCCCAGGUUUUGCGGUCAAAUUAAAUUCCGGGAGUGCGGAAGUGGCUCUGUGGCGCCGCCUCUAAACGCCCAGAAGUCAACCCCCUUUCUACACGGAACGCUAGGCCUCUGACCGCCAUGGAUGGGCAGCAAGGGCAACAAAGCCACGCAACGUUCGCGCUCGCCCAAGCUCACUUCAAGAAGGGCGAAUACGCGGAAGCCGAAGCCCUGUACUCCGCUUACAUUCGCCAGUGCGCCUGUGCAGGCUCCGUGGGAGCGGCGCCCGGGAGCAAAUACAGCCCUGAGGAUUUGGCUACUGCAUAUAACAACCGGGGGCAAAUCAAGUACUGCAGGGUUGAUUUUUAUGAAGCCCUGGACGACUACACAGCUGCCACACAAGUCCGACCCACUUUUGAAGUUCCCUAUUACAACAGAGGGUUGAUACUGUAUAGGCUGGGAUACUUUGAUGAUGCUUUGGAAGAUUUCAAGAAGGUAUUAGACUUAAAUCCUGGAUUUCAAGAUGCUACUUUGAGCUUAAAACAGACUAUUCUAGACAAAGAAGAAAAACAAAGAAGAAAUUAUUGAAAAAAAAUUAUUGCAAGUUUUAACCUAAUUAAAAUAUUGACUCAUAAUCCUUA